AUGAACCAUAAUGUGCACCAUCCGCCGCAGCCUGUGCCACCGAUGGACGUCCAGGAGCUGCACCAGAUCGUCGCCGCCUCCGCCUCGCAGGACCCCUCGGUCAUGAUGGCAGCCUCGACGCGUCUCAAGGACGCUCUGAAGAUACCCGGGACACUGAACGAACUCCAUAAUAUUGCUUCUAAUAGGGAUAUACCCCUGCCUAUCCGCCAGCUGUGCAUGCUACAGUGCAAGAACGAGAUGCCCACGCAGUGGCGUCAACGAAAAUCUAUACUCCCCGAGCAGAAGGAUAUGAUACGUCAGAGAUGUAUAGUCUUCCUCGACGAGCCGGAUGAGACGAUCGCGCAAUGUAACGAAGUCAUCGUGGGCAAGAUUGCGCGUAGUGACUUCCCCAAUCAGUGGUCGUCGCUACUCAGCGAGAUCAUGACCCGCAUUCAGUACGGCUUCGGCGAACGGGACAAGCAACAAGAUGCACCCGAUGGUGUAACCAUGCUCUACCUGACACGAUCUAUCCGCGUGCUCCAAUCCGUUCUCAAGGAGUUCACCGCCAGCAAGAUGCCGCUCGGGGCAAACACAAUGGGACAAAUCAUGGAAACUAUUCACGAAGCCAUCGCGCAACGAUACGUUCUCGCCGUACAACGCGUCAUCACACGUCUAGAUCCGUCGACCAUCUCGUCUCCAAGGACACUAGAGGACAUCAAGCUCUGUCGGUUGCUUCUGAAGUGUGUAACCAUCAUGGCGGUCUGGGUGUGGCAGUCCGUGAACACCGCACGGAAGGAGAUCACACAACGUUUCGAACCCUGGGUCGUAUCCGCCAUCGAGUCUUCGGUGGUGGACUUCCAGACCAUCUGUGAGGCACGACAUAGCCUCGCCGUUAACUUCGCUGCAUCCGGACAAGGCGAUCGCGCAGUCAGCGACGCUGUGGCGGGGCUCUCCGCUCUCAUCCGGACUCUCGGAAAGUUCUUCCGCAGGUUACAACAGCUCAGUGCAUCACGAUUUGUUGGGCUUCAGGCGACGAACACCCUCGUGAUGUACUAUUGGGGCAAGGUCGUGCAGUCAAUUAACGACGAUGCGCCUACAUACGACUCUCCUUUGGCUGUCUAUCCUCUUCGCUUCUUGGUGCAGGGAAUGGUUCUGUUCAAGGAUAAUCUCGCCCAGUGGUCUCACAAGAAGGAUCUGGGCGCCCCGCAAGUCCUAGAUCCUACUGUUGUCCGGGAGGCUGUCACUUUCCUCGUCACGAAGUUUAUGCCUCUCAAGGAGAAGGAUCUACAAGAAUGGAUGGCGGAUCCUGAAGAGUUCGUAAACGUCGAAGAUCAGGACGACAUCCAGUGGCAAUUCCAGAUCCGCCCUUGCGCUGAGCGUGUUCUCAUGACCUUUUCGUCGCAGUUCUCAAGCGUGACGAACCCGCUCUUGAUCGAGGCAUUCAACAACGUCAAUUCGCGACCACCAGCUGGUCUUCCCUCUAUACUCGAAAAGGAAGCCGUCUACACCGCGAUUGGUCGCUGCUCCCACCGACUGAAGGAUGACUUGAACUUGGCCCAAUGGUUGGACAUCGCGAUGAACGAGGUCAAAGCACCAAGUCAAGACUAUCUCAUCCUGAAGCGCAGGAUUGCGUGGAUGCUGGGACGAUGGAUGAUCGAAGGUUCCCUACCGGCGAAGGAUACCCGUGUCUGGGAGAUCCUGGUCGUGCUGCUCUCGGAUAGCAGUAUACAGGGUUCCGAAGUCGUUCGCCUCACAGCGGCAACUGCCAUCAUGCAUAGCGUGAAGGCGAUCACUGUCACACCGGACGCAUUCGCGGCAUACCUUUCCCCGAUCCUGAGCCAGUUAUUGCAGUUGCUGGAUAGCGUUGACAACCUUGAGUCGAAGCGCAAGAUCACCGAUUGCUUGAAUGCUGUCAUCGAGGCUUCGGAGCGUCAGAUCAUGCCCUUUGUCGAGCUUGUCACUGGUCCACUUCCUGAGCUCUGGAACGAGUCGGGCCGCGAGAUCAUGCUCAAGCAAUCCAUCGUACACACUGUACAAGCGCUCGUGAUUGCCCUCGGCGAUCAGUCUGCACCUCUCGCAUCAAUCAUUGUUCCCAUCGUACAACAGUGUCUCUCGUCCGAGUUCAUCGUCCAGAUGGACGAGGACGGGAUGAAGCUCUGGUUGGCCGCCCUACGCGCUACUAACACGCUCCAGGGUGCGAACGGUCAACCCGGCCUGGUCGAUCUCUUCCCACUCGCGAUCAACACGCUACGCACCAACAAGGAUCUUCUGGGCAAGAUGUCGGAUAUCAUGGAGAGCUACUUCCUUCUCGGCGCUGCUGACCUUUCAAGGGUCUAUGCGGCACCAUUGAUGGAGGCGUUCAGGGAAGCCGUCAGCGACGCCAUGGUAGUCCUGAACCAAAAAGACCUCCUCGACGCCCUCGAACUCUUCUUCCAGCUGGCAGAUCUAUCCUCCUGCGCCGAAGCUCUGCAUACAUCUCAACUCUUUGCCUGGCUACUGAAGAAUGUCUGUGCCGAUAAGAUGGACACGCUUAUGCUCACGACACACAUCCAUAUCUUCGCCCGUGUUGCCGUUGCGAGUCCGGAGCAUUUCGUCAAACUGAUAGAAGUGACGUCUCAAGCGAACGGUGUGCCCGAAUCCACGCUCUGGGAAGGCGUACUUGAUCAAUGGUGGCGACGUUUCGACAAUAUGCACGAACCGCGUUACCGCAAGCUCGCGGCCAUGGGCAUUGCUGCGCUCGUCUCCACGACGCGCGCGGAGGUACUCGAACGCCUUCCGACGGAGAUCUUCAACCUCUGGACGGACGUGUUCGGAGAGCUGAGGGAGGAGCUGCUGUUGAGGGCUGAUAAAGAGAACCAGGAGAGCGAGACGACUGUGCUGCUUUAUUGGGAUACUCCCACGACUGCCUUCUAUAAGGGCACGGAAGACACGGCCGAGUACGAACGUCGCAAAGCCACAUUCGACCACGAUAUCGUCCGCACCACGCUCCUCGCCCAGUACGUCGGACAGGCGCUCGAAGCGGCUCAGCAGCGCAUUGGCGUGCAAGCUAUGCAGGCCGUGCUCGCGAAAGCGGACCCGGCCGUGUUCCAGUCCAUCCAGAACGACGUCUUCAAGGGUGGCUUGCAGGCGUAA